AUGGGUCGCCUGUCGAAGAGGGUACGCAGUUACCCAGCAACGUCUGGUGAGAAGGGUCAGCCUGAGGCUGACCCAUCCCAGGCUGGGGUCGAUAUGCCGUACCCGGAGAGAAAUGGGACUGCGGUCCCGGGAGGUGUGGUCCGAAGGGUCGGUGCCUUAGGGCGCCAGUCCUGGAUCCAAAAGGUUCUUGAGCAAGUAAUAGACUCACCUCGCCAGUGGGUCACCCCAUCGGAGGUGGUUCCUGUCGCAGUUUUGGUCCAGAGAUACCUGUUAGAGGAUGAGCCACGCGACGUGGCACCUAAACCUCCGCUUUACUGCUUUGAUGUGACAAUCUCCGACGGGGUGUACCAGGAGAAGUGCUACCUGGACCCCAGCCUGAAUUCUCUCGUAUAUAAAAAUAUUCUCAAAGUUGGCAUAGAAGUGAGAAUUUCCAGAGUCUCGUGCAUUUACAAUGAGAAAAGAAUAGGCCAGGGAAUCUUGUGCAUAAAUAACGUUCUCUGUGGGGAGCUGCUGGAGUCUGUUUCUCUACAAACUCCCUUCAGAAAUAGUGCGCACCGAGAGGUCCCCGAGAGACCUUUAAGAGGUGGAAAAAGUCAUUACCUGCCCCUGUGGAAUAACGAAGAUCCGUAUGGAGAUAUCUGGCUAAACAAUAAGCAACCAGAGGAGCACAAUUGUAACAAUACCAAAAUAAUUUCCCUUUCUCACCUUGAGAUGAUGUGGUCUAAUACAAAGAAUUUUCCUCCAUUUCUUGUGAGAAUCUUAUAUAAAUCAAGACUGCGAUACUAUGGAAAACCCGAUAAAAAGAUGAUUGAGCCAUACCAAACCUUUUUGGAAGUCGCUGGCAGCUCAAGCACAGUGUCUGUGAUUAUGUGGAAUACCCUGUGUCCUGAGUGGUACAAAAGUCUGCAUGUUGGUUUAGUUCUUCUGCUUCAAAAUUAUUCUGUUAAAAAGAGUUAUCCAUUCAGGAUGCAGCCUCUUCCUGUGGAUCCACAGAUCAAACUAAUUUCUACAAUGGAAAUUUGCCUGAAUAUUCGAGAUCUUCCUAAUAUAAUUAUCAUCCCAGAAAAGAAGGUGAAACCAGAAUGGAGAUUGCCAAAAUUAAAUCACCGUUUUGUUAUGAGAUGAGAACUGGAUAAGAUGCCAAAUAAUUGUAUCUGUGAUGUUAUUGGAGUUUUGGUUUUUGUAGGAAGGGUCCAGCGGUUAAAAAAGAAGGGUAGCCAUGAAGAUUUUUGGUCAUAUUGCUGGAUUCACAUUGCUGACUUGACUUCAGAACAACCAUUUAUAGUGGAGCUGUUUUCAACAUCUCAGCCAGAAAUCUUUGAACAUAUUUACCCAAUGACAUAUUUCAUGUGUACACAGCUGAAAGUUGUCAGAAAUGAUGAUCAAGUACCUAAACUGCUUUACCUCACCACUACAAAUGAGAGUCACAUGUUUAUUACUGGUCAUAAAGGCCAGCCGUAUAACGAUGAUGCCAAGGUAAAAAACUUUAUUCAGUGGGUUAAAGCGAAGAACGAUUCUGGUGAAGUGAAGAAUGCUGUUAUGGGUGGAUAUUACCCCUAUCCGCCAGUGCCGGAGAAAUUUUCGAAGUAUAGUAGUUCUCUUAAAGUCGGAUCACUUUUGACAGCUAUAAGUGAAGUGAAGGUGGAGAGUGAAGACUUGCAGUAUAGGGAACAAAAGCGCAUUGCAAUUCAGGGAAUAAUUACUGUUAUAAAGUAUGUCCCGCAUCUCAGUGCAACUGAAAGUGCCUCAGCAUCUGAAACACUACGGCAGAAGAACUCUUCUCAGCAUUUUUUAAUUCCUGUACCUCAACCAGAAACUUCUUCACAAACAAAAGGAAGUAAACCAAGCAUGCCAAGCUCCUCCCACUUGACAUCACGACACAAAUUUAGUUCUGGCAGGGUAUCCUUAAAGUCGAGAAAACGCCAUAGCUUCAUAGUGAGAGCCAAAAAAACUAUAAGUGAUAAAUGGGAAAGUCAGCUGUGGAGAGACAAGAAGUUCGGCUUGAUAGAUCACCUGCAUUACAGCCAGGUUUAUCCUGAAAGUAUUCCACGAAAAUUUCGUUUCGAGCACAGACAUUUUCUUGGUCGGCAGUUUAAUUCUCAGCCUGCAAAAUACGUACCCCUAGAAGGAAGGGUCCCAAAACAUGAUAAUUUUAAGAGCGCCCGAAGCCUUGGACGUUCUGAAUUAACCAUCUUAGGGCUGAACCAUGAGAGAGCAAUCAAUGUAGCUUUCCUCCCCAUGUAUUCUCUACAAGAUGCCCGAACAUCUCAAGUAGACACAUUAUUAACCUGCAUGCGUUACAGCUGUGUGUACCCACAGGCAUCAACUGGCAGUGAAAUAAUUAGAAGUUCAAGAGUACUUGCAGGUGACAUUAUCAAAGCAGCAUCUAAAAUGGAUGGAGAACAUGUCAUCUGUGUCUUGGAUAUCUGCAGUUUGGGGAACAAUAAAGCAGAAGGCUACUUGCACAAAAUUUACAAACCAAAUAUAACUUCUUAA